CUGCGCGGAGGAGAAGGCUCCCGCCAAGGGGGACGGGGGUGCGGAGUGCGCCAUGCGAACCCGCAAGAGGAAAGCCGAUGUGGCCACGUUCUUGCAGGAUCCCGAUGAAGAAAUUGCCAAAAUAGAGAUGACUAGAAAAAAGCAGUAUGAAGAGCAGCCAUCCUGGAAUAAUGUUCAUAAAAAUGCCCAUAUGCUGAUUCCUACUCCGGAUAAAGAUGACGAUCCAGUUGGUGUUGAUUACUCUCACUUUAUACAUCUAAGUGUUGUUCCAACUAGAGCUUCACCGUUACCAGUUCUAGGCUGGGCAAACAGAGAGGAUGUAUGGAAAAACAUGAUAAACAAAGAAGAGACAUAUGUGAGGGAUAAACUUUAUAUGCAAAGGCACCCUCUUCUGCAACCUAAAAUGAGAACAAUCCUUCUAGACUGGCUAAUGGAGGUUUGUGAAGUCUACAGGCUUCAUAGAGAAACUUUUUAUUUAGCACAAGAUUUCUUUGAUCGGUUUAUGGCAACACAACAGAACGUUGUAAAAACACUAUUGCAGCUUAUUGGUAUCUCUUCUUUAUUCAUAGCAGCAAAGCUUGAGGAAAUCUAUCCACCAAAGUUGCACCAGUUUGCCUACGUUACAGAUGGAGCUUGUACAGAAGAAGAAAUCCUCAGUAUGGAAUUGAUCAUUAUGAAGGCUCUUAACUGGAACUUAAAUCCACUGACGGUUGUAUCAUGGCUAAACAUUUACAUGCAAGUUGCAUAUUUAAAUGAGCUUUAUGAGGUAUUGCUGCCACAAUAUCCACAGCAAAUAUUUGUACAAAUAGCAGAGCUCUUAGAUCUCUGUGUGCUGGAUAUCGGCUGCUUGGAGUAUACCUAUGGAGUGCUUGCGGCUUCGGCUUUGUAUCACUUCUCCUCAUCAGAGUUGAUGCAGAAAGUUUCAGGUUAUGAAUGGUGUGAGAUAGAGGAAUGUGUAAAAUGGAUGGUUCCGUUUGCAAUGGCUAUAAGGGAAGUAGGAAGCUCCAAACUCAAACACUUUAGAGGCAUAGCUCCUGAAGACUUGCACAAUAUACAGACGCACAUAAACAGCUUGGAUUUGCUGGACAAAGCUCAAGCAAAACAAGCCAUAUUGGCUGAGCAAAAUAGGACUUCACCUUUCCCCACUGGUGUCCUUACACCACCACAAAGUAGUAAGAAACAAUCUUCUGGACUGAAAACAAUAUGACUUUAGAAACUGUUGACAGACAAUUUUGCUGAAGUGCCUGUUCUGCUGGUUCUGACUCUUGCUCCAUUACGGAAAUGCUGCCAGUGAAGUUCAUAAGCUUUUAUGGAAUCUGAAAAGGAAACCUUACUUUUUUCAUGACAGAUUUUUUUUUCUAUUUGAAAUAUUUUUAUUGAACAUUAAAAUAUUUUAAAGAAAUGGAUCAAGUACACCAGCCACUUAAAAGAACACCGAAGAGUGCUCCAAAUGCUGCUACGGAGGGUGAUGCUUGAUGUGACCAACUGUUCAGAAAAAGGGCUUGAAGUUUAGAUUAGUUUUGUGCCUGUUCAUCCUUUGGAUAAUCUGCAGUCACACUGUCCCCUGCUGACAAAUGGGCAAAAAGUGCUGUGGAAGACAACAUUUCAAAGCCUCUUUUUCAAAUGGUUGGCUUACAACUUGAUGCCUUUUUAAAAACUCUUUAUUGUAAAUGCUGCUAUGUCUCUGUGUAUCCAUUUUUAAUAAAAAUGCUGUCUAAGACAGCUGGUUUUAUGAUAUUCCUAUUUUUCUUUUAUGGUUAGCAAAGGUUUUUCAGACUGUGACCACUAGUAGUGUGGGAGUUGGGGAUGAAUAAUGUAGUAACUGUGGCUUUAUUUAUUUACCACUACUGCUUUAUCAAUUAAAACUUCCUUUUUGGAUACUAAGAUAAAGUUGUCAUGUUGGGCUACUUGGAUUUCCCUUGGCCGGUUGCAGAUGGCCAGGGAGGGGAUAAUAAACAUGACAAGUAUGUGGGGGAAUCCUUCCACAACAUGCUUUCUAAUGAUCAGUGUAUUGGGGAAUUCUUGGAUAAAAUUGUCUGGAUUGUUACGCUUAAUAGCAAGACGUAAUCAGUGGGGAAAGCCUGCCUUUUCUUGAAACAUAAUCAUUUAAGCUUUGGGAUUUUGGCAUAGGCUUUGACAACUAACUGUCUUAUGUACAAAAUUGAAUUCUGGAAUGGUGUGUGCCUUUUUGCAGGAAGAGUUGUCCUUCUUGACUUUUGCAAGGUUUGAGAAUCUGAGAAGUCAUAGUACGAUGUCUUUCCGGAAAGUCAUAGUUCUGGAGAAAAGGGAAAUAGAGAAAUAAAUGUAAAAAAUGGUUGCUUGGGUUUUUUUUCUCAUGAUAUUCACUUUGAAGGACUGUUCAACAACAUCGAAAACUUCUGUGAGACUACCAGAAUUCAUCAUGUGCUGUAGGUAACCUAAAUGCUACAACACUUAUUUCAGGAAGCUUCUACUCUGCUGUUGGCUAAUAUUUCUAAACAUUAGUUCCCAGCAAGGCUGCUUUUUAUUAUUUUUUUUUUAAGUUAUUCUCCCUGUUGCUCUUCCCUGACCCAAUAUUCUGAUAAAUGUUAAAGCUUUAAUGUAAUAAAAAUGCCUAUGGUAACUAAUGGUAAGCAAA